UUUGGUAUGGGGGUGCCACGUGAGGUGGGCAGCGGUCAGUCUAGCCGGGGCGGGCGGUCGAUGUGUGCGAGUGACUCCAACACAACUAUUUGGAUUUCGAACGCGAGACAACAUGAUAGAUGACAUACCAGACACGGGCGCGGUGUUCACGUUCGGGCGGUCGCACUUCGCGGAGGACGAGCCGAGCCACUUCUUUAUCAAGAGCGACCCCGUGGUGGCCAUCUCCUGUGGGGACGACCACAGCGCCGUCAUAUGCCAGAACGGGCGCGUGUUCGUGUUCGGCGGCAACUCGUGGGGGCAGCUGGGGCUCGGCCACCGCGACGAGGUGGCGCGGCCCAGCUGCGUCAAGUGGCUCAAGCCGCAGCGCGCGCUGUUCGUCGCUUGCGGGCGGGCGCAUACUGUAUUUGUUACUGAUUCCCACGCUAUCUACACGGUGGGAUGCAACUCGGAGGGCCAGCUGGGCACCGGCAGCACCGAGUCCCACUCAAUGCCGCAGUGCGUGGAGCUGCCGUGUGAGGACGCCAGGGUCAAGCAGGUGUCCGCCGGGAGCAACCACACCGCUAUAUUGACAGAAAGCGGUCGCGUGUUCGUGUGCGGCUCCAACAGCGAGGGGCAGCUGGGGCUGGGUGAAGACACGCGCAGCUGCCUGCAGCUCACCGAGCUCGCCUUCAUGGAGACCAUCGCCUACGUCGAGUGCGGGUACUACCACACCGUCUUCAUCACCAGCAAAGGCGCGGUGUUCGUGACUGGCGAGAAUGAGGGCCAGAAACUGGGCACCCAAAACACUGCGAGCAACAUUUACGUGCCGGAAGUUCUCCCAUUAGACAUCCCUAUCAAAGACGCGUGUUGCGGCGCGAACCACACCUUUCUACUGUCUAUGGAUGAGAGCAAGAUAUUGGCUUUUGGGUCGAACGAGAAGGGACAACUGGGAUUGCCCAAGGAGGUGGAAAACGUGGUCGAGCCCACCGAGAUCGACAUGGACAAGAUGUUCGAUGGGUUUCAACUGAAGCUGGUGGCUUGUGGAGCGAUGCACACGGCUUUUGUUACUGACAACGGACUGCUAUACACUUGCGGCGAGGCGCGACACAAUAAGCUCUGUUUGGACGACGUCGACGACGCUAACAAUGCUAACGACACUCUGCCCAAUCAAUACUUGCCGAAGCGGGUCACUUCUAUGAAUGGAUUUAUAGUUGACAACGUUGCUUGCGGCGGCUGCCACACUCUGCUCUCGGCCACGAAGGGAUCCAACGCGGAUUUCACGAACAACGACUUCAACGUCGUCAGCGAACAGGAGAGACAAGGGACAGUCACGGAGCUACCGCCAUUACAGAAGAUACCCGCCGCACUGACCACCACGGAUAUUCCACACACAGUGGAGGACAUCGCCAACUCUAACAUUGAAGCCGGCACCAACAACACAGAUGGGAUGAACGGGAACCCAUCAGCUCCGGAAGAGAACACUUCGAUUGAUUCCCUAGAAGCCAAUGUCAGUGGCUCUCACAUAGUGAACAUUAAUGAGCUUGAAAUGGACAGCAAUACGCCUGACAUGGUCCCCGAUCUGAAAGACGAAGAUUCAACAUUACCGGAUGAAAAGCAGGACAUGGAUAUCAUUGACGAGAUGAAUAAAGUAGCUAACGAUACUAUGGCAAAAGUUGAAAUGGGAGUUCAAGACAUGAAACAAGCUGCAUCAGACAAAAUGGAAGAUGCAAAAGAAAUGAUUGAGGAUGCGAAGGAAAAGAUCGAUGACGCUAAAGAUAAAAUGGAAUCGGCAGCCGAGGAUAUCAUGAAGAAAGCUGCCGCUUUAGACCCCAGUCAUAAACUAGAAGAAAUAAAAUCUCUCGGCCUCCCAGAUAAAGCAAUAGAGAUCGCUAAUUCACCACCUCCAAAAUCCCCAAUCAUACAAGAUUUGUUACACGUUCCAGACUUAUCACACAUGGGCAUGGACAGCGAUGAUGGGCAGAAGAGUGAAACUGGUCAAUCUGAGAAUGAAACCAUACCGUGUGGGUCCGACAAGUCGAGCCCUCAAGCUGGGAAGACGAAGACUCAGGCAGUAUUACCCAUAGUGAGGAGCGAUGGCACGAUGGAAGCCAUGGAGGAAUCAGACGUGGUGGUUAAAGAAAAGGGAAGGUUUGCCCGCAUUUUCCAGUCCCUCAAAGAUAAAGAAAAUUCGUGUAUGAGUAAAGGGAAAGUUAUCGAAGAGAGUGUGCAAGAAACAGUACAAAAGGGAAUAACAUCGGCUGAGGAAACCGUUCACAAAGUAGAGGAGACCGUAGAAACCGAAAUAAGAAAUCACACUAAUUCUCGAACCUGCACAAUAUUAUAAGGGAAUAUUUCGUCUUCCCCAUCAUCUAGUCUUAUUAAUAAAGUUUUUAUCGUAACCUACCA